UGUCACUCGAUCGCUUCAUUCCUAGCUCGGCGGCCGAGCGGUCUGUGAUCGUUCCGGCAGCGCGGAACCGACCUGCAGCGAAGCGGAGACAACGGCGGCAGGGCCUGAAAGCGUGAGGGUCAUCGGUGAUCGGCGGUGGGGAGCUGUCUGCGGCGGAGAUGUGCGCGGCGGGGAGGCGCUGGGGCCGGCGGCAGCGAGCUCUGCUCUGGGCCGUGCUGCUGGCAGCGUGGGAGGCGGCGUGGGGGCAGCUGCGCUACUCCGUGCCCGAGGAGAUGCCCAAGGGCUCGUUCGUGGGCGACGUGGUCAAGGACCUGGGGCUGCAGCUCGCGGCUAUCCGAGACCGCGGUCUCCAUAUUACAGAAAGAGGUAGGAUUCAAUAUUUCUCUCUGCACGGGAAGACGGGACAUUUAGUGACGGCAGAGAGGAUCGACAGAGAGCAGCUGUGUGAGCGUGUGCAGCAAUGCGUGCUGCGCUGUGAACUGAUAGUGGAGGGACAGAUGCAGGUUUACCGAAUAGAAGUGGAAAUCACAGACAUUAACGACAAUGCGCCCAGUUUCAGAGAGGCAGAACUAGAGUUAAAAAUUAGCGAGAUGACAGCCCCCGGUGGACGGUUUCCCCUUGCAAGGGCUCACGAUCCUGACUCGGGCCGGAAUUCCCUGCAGAGCUACGAGCUGAGCGGCGACGAGCACUUCUCGCUGGCCGUGCAGGCGGGCCCCGGCGGCGAUCAGCGUCCCGAGCUGGUGCUGGCGAAGGCGCUGGACCGGGAGGAGGCGGCGUUUCACGAGCUGGUGCUGAGGGCGAUGGACGGCGGCGAUCCGGCACGGACGGGCACGGCUCGGAUCCGCGUGACGGUGCUGGACGCGAACGACAACGCGCCCGUGUUCAGCCAGGCGGAGUACACGGUGCGUGUGCCCGAGGACGUGCCCGUGGGCUACACCCUUGUCACUGUCACGGCCACAGAUGCUGAUGAAGGUCUCAACGGGCAAGUAAAAUAUUCUUACCAAACGGUUUCUGAGAAAGCGUUAAAGAUAUUCCAUCUGGACGCUGAAACGGGAGCAAUCACGUUGAUGCAUAACUUAGACUUCGAGGAAGGUACUUCCUACGAACUGGAGAUACAGGUUCGAGACGGAGGGGAACUUCCCGACAUAGCGAAAGUCCUGAUCACUGUAACAGACGUCAACGAUAACGCACCUGAAAUUUUCCUGCGUUCGGCAUUAAGCGAGAUCUCGGAAGACGCCCCCUCGGGAACUGUCGUGGCCCUUUUGUACGUACAGGACCAUGACUCGGGGGUGAAUGGCGAGGUGCGCUGCGCGCUCGACAAAGACGUCCCUUUCCGACUUCAAAGCUCGCAGGCCAAUUACUACAGCGUGGUGACAGCGAGAGAGCUGGACCGGGAGCAGGUGUCGGAGUACAACGUGACGGUGCGGGCUGCCGACGGCGGGUCGCCGGCGCUGCAGAGCAGCGCGGUGCUGGCGCUGCGGGUGCUGGACGUGAACGACAACGCGCCGGUGUUCGCGGAGGAGCGCUACAGCGCGCGGCUGUCGGAGAACAACGCGGCGGGCGCGCUGGUGCUGAGGGUGCGCGCCACGGACGCGGACUGGGGGCAGAACGCGCGCGUGCGGUACCGGCUGGCGGAGGGGCGGGUGCGGGGCGCGGCGCUGUCGUCGUACGUGUCGGUGCAGGCGGAGACGGGCGCGCUGUACGCGCUGCGCUCCUUCGACUACGAGCAGCUGCGCGAGCUGCAGCUGUGGGUGCGUGCGGAGGACGGCGGCGCGCCGGCGCUGGGCAGCAACGUGUCGGUGCGGCUGCAGAUCGUGGACGAGAACGACAACGCGCCGCAGGUGCUGUACCCGCCGCCGGCUUUAGCGGCGGGCUCGGGCGCUGCGUGGUCGGGCGUGGAGCUGGCGCCGCGCUGGUCGGAGGCCGGCGCGCUGGUGGCCAAGGUGGUGGCGGUGGACGCGGACGCGGGGCAGAACGCGUGGCUGUCGUACGAGCUGGCCAAGGCCACGGAGCCGGGGCUGUUCCGCGUGGGGCUGCACAGCGGCGAGGUGCGCACGGCGCGCUCGCCGCUGGCCCGCGACGCGGCGCGCCAGAGCCUGGUGGUGCUGGUGAAGGACCACGGGCGGCCGGCGCUGUCGGCCACGGCCACGCUGAGCGUGGUGCUGGCCGAGAGCGUGGCCGAGCUGCUGGCCGAGCUGGGCAGCGCGGCCGCCGAGGCGGCGGCGCCGGGCGAGCCGGCCGCCAGCCUGACGCGCUGGCUCGUGCUGGCCGUGGCCGCCGUGUCGUGCCUCUUCGUGGCCUUCCUGCUGCUGCUGCUGGCGCUGCGCCUGCGCCGCUGGCGCCGCCAGCAGCUGCUGCCGGCGGACAGCGGCGCCCUGCGCGGCGUGCCCGUGUCGCACUUCGUGGGCAUCGACGGCGUGCGCGCCUUCCUCCAGUCCUACUCGCACGAGGUGUCGCUCACGGCCGACUCGCGCAAGAGCCAGCUGCGCUUCUCGGCCGGCAGCUGCUGCGACACCCUCCCGGCCCGGCCGCCGCCCGACGAGCCCGCGCCGCUGCUCGGCGACGAGGAUCCUGCCGGCGCUCGUCCCGUGGAUUCCGCCUCUGGCCCGGUGAGUUCCCCGUACCAGUUUUUCUCCACUAUUCUUUAACCUGUUGCUUGUCUGCUCAUUUCCGGCGUUUUCUGUGUCCUUCAGAUCGAUGUUUGCUGACAAGGAUGGAAAA